AUGGUCGAAAGCGUCCUCAACGACAUCUCCCAUCGGAGAUAUAACCCUCUCCGCGGUGCCUACGUGCUGGUCUCCCCCCACCGUACCAAGCGCCCCUGGCAAGGCGCCCAAGAAACACCCUCCAAGACAACCCUACCUGACUACGACGCUACCUGCUACCUUUGCCCUGGUAACAAGCGUGCGCAGGGAGACCACAACCCCAAGUACGAAAAGACUUUCAUUUUCGUAAACGACUACAGCGCAGUCAAGGAGGAACAGGCGCCCUACUACCCAGAGUCCGGAGACGAUGCCGAAUCGUUCUUUCUCCGCGCGGACCCGGUCACCGGCAAAUGCUACGUGCUCACCUUCUCUGCUGCCCACAACCUAACCCUAGCGGACCUCUCCCCGGCCGAGAUCGUCCCUGUCAUCACCGCCUGGACAGACGUCUACAUCGCGCACCUGUCACCCAACAGCGCUCUCGCGGCCGACGCAUCCAAAAUCACCAUCUCUCCCGACUCUCCUGCAGCAAGCCUCUCCAAGCCCAAAGAACAAUACCGCUACAUGCAAAUCUUCGAGAACAAGGGCGCGGCAAUGGGCUGCUCGAACCCACACCCGCACGGCCAGAUCUGGACAACCAGUUCUCUCCCUGAAGAACUCGCCGCUGAACUGGAGCAGAUGAAGAAGUACCGCCGCGAGCACGACGGAAGACACAUGCUGGCCGACUACGCCGCACUCGAGAGCAAGAAGCAGGAGCGCGUGGUCUUUGAGAACGAUGCGUUCCUUGUCGUUUGCCCCUGGUGGGCGAUCUGGCCGUUUGAGACUAUGAUCGUUAGCAAGACGCACAAGCGUGCUCUUGUUGAUCUUGAUGACGGCGAAAAGACACAGCUUGCUGAGGCGAUUGCUGAAGUUACCAGGCGGUACGAUAACCUCUUUGAGACGCACUUCCCCUACAGCAUGGGAAUUCACCAGGCGCCGUUGGAGGGGUCAGAGGAGGAGAUUGAGGCGUCGUACCUGCAUCUGCAUUUCUAUCCGCCUUUGUUGAGGAGUGCGACGGUGAGGAAGUUUUUGGUUGGAUAUGAGUUGAUGGCUGAGCCUCAGCGUGAUAUCACCCCCGAGCAGGCGGCCGCCCGGUUACGGGGUUGUGGUGGCGAGUUGUACCGGAAGAAGUUGGAUUCCUAG